AUGCGGCUGGUUGUUCGGGCUGUGCUGGUAGCGGUUCGGGCCGUGUCUCCGUUUCCUGGUUCCUUCACCAAAACACAGCCCAAAGGAACAAAAACAGCUCUCAAAGGAGGAGAAUCCUUGGGGGAGAACGAAGGAGGUGUCAUUGACCAAAACAACUUCAAUGGGUUUCACUGGUCUAUUUUCAUCGUUACAAACACUCCUUCAACCAUAUUCAUCCUCUUCAACAGCUUAUUUGGUGAGAUGGCUCUGCAUAGUGGGAAGAGAAGAUCUGACAGCAACAGCUGCUGCUGGCUGAGCACCCUGCACCAGUUCCGGUGGCGAAGCAUCCUAGUUACUGCAUCCUUAAUAGCCCUCGGAGUCUUCCUGGAAAAGGUCAACAAGACUGCAGAGCACAGUGUACUGGAAAAGGAGAAAAUAAUUGGGCAGAUAAUUCAGGAACAAAUGAACUCUGAAAUCAAGAACCAUCUGGAUACCUUCAAGGAGAUGCAAAAAACCUUCCCCCUUUUCAAACAUGCUAACUACACCCUCCUGGCUGGAGCCCCUCCCUGGAAGAAGAAGCUGCUGACUGUGGGGAUUGCCUCAGCGCAGAGUUCCCAUGGCAACUACCUCCUGGACACCCUAAAGUCCCUGUUCCAAGCUUCUUCAAAAUAUGAACUGGAGCAUCCUCUCGUGCUGGUCCUCCUGUCAGACUCUGACCCCCAGUGGCUCAGCCAAACAGUUGCCAAGAUUUCAAACCUCUUCACAUGGUUCAUUGAGACCCAGGAGCUGCUCGUGGUCCAUGGUCUUCUCCAUGGUUCCCUUGUGAGGACAGUGGAUGAUGGCUCACCGUGUGGAGAGCUUUACUCCAAGCAGAGAGCAGAUUUUGCCCUCCUCAUGAACUUCGCAAACAACCUGUCUGAUUACUUCCUGUUGCUGGAAGAUAAUGUUUAUUGUACCUCCGGCUUUGUGUCUACCAUCUAUAGGACUUUAGCAGCCUGGGAAGACCUGCCUUGGGUGAUCCUGGAGUUCUCCAGGCUGAGCAUCUCUGGGAGAGUCUUCCACACCAGUGACUUGCCCCGCCUCAUCUCUUUCUUCUUCCUCUUCCCCAUGGACACACCCACCUACCUGCUCCUUUCUGAAUUCCGGCUACUCUUGAAUCAAAAUGUCCCAAUUCACUUCAGUUCAUCCAUUUUCUACCGCCUGACUGGUUAUCUAGAGUCCGAAAGAGCAUGCUUUCCUGUGGAGCAGGCAGUGGUCUUCAGGAAUCCAGACAAUCCUGUUGGAGUUGUGGUCUCCAAUAUGAUCCCAGCAGUUUCUUAUAUGCCUUAUUAUGCUUAUAUUCUGAACCAGGACCACUUCAUUGGUGUGGAAGUUUGGGAAGGAAACUUCUUGACAGUGAUUCUGGAUAAACCCCACAAGAUCCUGCGGGUAGCAGUGCUGACAGGCUCUGAGGAAAAUGGGAUGUACCACUUACAGAAGGCGCAUGUUCUACUGGGCUCCGGCCUCACAGAGGAGCCCAUGCACUGCACCCAGUAUACCCUGCUUGGGCCACUGGUGAAAGGAAAUUUGGACCAGAGGGUAUUUUAUGAAGAAGAUUCUGUGGAGGAACUGAGCUGUAUACAGCUUCUGGUAUUAGCACCUCAGGAAUCUUUGCUCCUGAUCAGGCAGAUCAAAGUAUGGACAGAAAAAGAGAAUUAG